GCUCGUUUAUUUCUGCAAACCCUAGCCCCCUCUCUUUCCCUAACUUUACAAGUAUCAACAGAGCAGCGAAAAUGCCGCCAAAGUUUGACCCAUCUCAGGUUGUCGACGUUUUCGUGAGGGUGACCGGCGGUGAAGUUGGUGCGGCCAGUUCACUUGCUCCCAAAAUCGGACCACUUGGUCUUUCUCCCAAGAAAAUCGGUGAAGACAUCGCCAAGGAGACAGCCAAGGACUGGAAGGGCCUCCGUGUCACCGUCAAGCUCACUGUCCAGAACCGUCAAGCCAAGGUCACCGUCGUGCCCUCAGCAGCGGCUUUGGUUAUCAAGGCGUUGAAGGAGCCGGAGAGAGACAGAAAGAAGACGAAGAACAUAAAGCAUAAUGGGAACAUCGCUCUUGAUGAUGUGAUUGAGAUUGCAAAGGUUAUGAGUUCGAGAUCAAUGGCUAAGGAUCUGAGUGGGACCGUGAAAGAGAUUUUGGGGACUUGUGUUUCAGUUGGGUGCACGGUCGAUGGGAAAGAUCCAAAGGAUUUGCAGCAGGAGAUUACUGAUGGUGAUGUUGUGAUUUCUGAAUGAUUGAGAAAUUGAUUUUUUUUUGUUUCGGAAAGAUCCCAUCUUAUGUUUUUUGUCUAAUUUUGUGGUAUCUGGAUGAUUAAGGAUGUCUUUUUAAGGUGACUUACAAUUCUAGUUGAGGGUAUUUUAUUUAUCUAUGUUUUUUGUUCA